AUGCCGUCCUCACCGCGCAAGGGUGCAAAGCCAUCACCAGCGGCCACCACCACCGCACAAUCGCCAUCACAGCCAUCAGAGCCAUCGACUUCUACAUCCCUGCCACAGCUCAGCAAGGCUCACGAGCUGGCCGAACUCAUCGCUUCGCAUCCAGAGCGACUCGCCGACCCAGAUGCAUCGCUCUCCCAGCUCUCCGUAUCCGCACUCAAGCAGCUCUUCGACCAUGCCGUCCGUUCCGAGGAGCACGCCGUACCCGCCAUCUGCUCCUUCAUCAACACCAUCGCUCCCAACUCGGCUGCUCCCGACCAGCGUGCCUCCCGUUCCGGCGGCAAGCGAAAGCGCGGGCAGGCUGCACCCGCCACUGCCCCUGUCUUUGAGGCCACGCCGCUCGACGAGCUCAUCAUUCAAGGCAUGGACUCACGCCAGCUUUGGGAGCAGCUCGACCUGAAAGCUUCCCAGAUGUCCGGCCUAGUAGAGCGCUACUUUGCACAGGGUCUCAUCCGGGAAGAGGAAGAAGACGAAGAAGAUGAGGACGACGGCAGCCGCGCAGGCCCCUCUCGCACUCGCAAGCACAGCGAUGACGAUGAGUCCAGCGACGACGACGAUGAGGACGACUCCGACGGGCAAGAAGAUGAGGACGACUUCGACCCGGAGGAAGAGCGCGUCAAGCUCAGCCAGCUCAGCGAUGCAGAUCUCCGCGCACUCGGCAUCGAUCCAGCCCUCCGUGAGCAGUUCCUCGCAGAGCUUGCACAAGAGCAGGGCGACGACCACGACGAUGACCAAGACUCGGACGAGGAGGGUUCGCCCUACGCAGGUGCUUCCGACAUCAGCGAUGGUGACCCCACCGAAGUCUUCUACGAGCCGCUCAAGACCGAAGCCGAACAGCUCCGUCGCAAAGAGGAGCAGGAGAUGGGCAUGCUCCCACGUCUGCGCUCCCAAGUCGGCGAUGACGACGAUGACGAGGAUGAACACGAGCAAUCAGAUUCAGGCGACCAAGACGACAUCGAGUCCGAAGAAGAAGAAGAAGAGCAAGAGCAAUCGACAAACAAGCGUGGCAAGCGCGCUCGUGCCUCUGACAUCCCCGAAUCCCUCCUCCAAGACCUCGAUCGUCCAGGAGAGCCUGCCACCCGCCCCGCAAAGCGUCAUCCCACUCUCGACGACGACUUCUUCUCCAUAGACGAUCUCAACAAGCAGCUCGACGAGCAGGACGCCGAGGAAGAAGCCGACCCCGCAGACGAGAGCGAAGAAGAGGACCUCGACAACCAGGUCGACUUCUACAAGCCGCUUGCUGGCGAUCAAGACAUGGACGACGACGACCAAGAUGACGCAGACGAGGCCGCAGAAGCAGCCGCCGUCGAUGCCGCCGAUGCACACUAUGCCGACUUCUUUCUGCCCCCCGCUAAGGCAGAACGCUUCAACAAAAAGUUCGGCAAGAGGAAGGCCUCCGCCCGAUUCGCCUCCCAGGACGCCGCCGCUGACGAGCAGGCAGACGGCCAUGACGACGACGCGAGCGAAGAAGAGUCCCAGUCUGCUGAGCCGGCUGUGCGUGUGCACGAGGAGCCCGACCGCAAGCGCAGCAUCCGAUUCAACGACACCAUCGAGUACCGCCGCAUCAAGCCGCGCAAAAAGUCCGCAGACGACCUCACUCCUGAGAUGCUCCGCAUGAUCGGCGCCUCCUCCGACGACGUCGACGCCGCGCGCGACUUUGACAUGGACGACGGCGAUGAUGACGACGACGACGAGCGCAGCGGCCAAGACGACGACGACGAUGAAGAUAUGGACAUGGACGAAGACGAGGACGAGGACGAGGACGAGGGUCGUGCCGACAUGUCCGAAGACGAGUCUGAAGGCAGCCAAGCUGGCAGCGACGACGGCCAGGGUGCCAAGACCGCCCGUCGGGUGGCUGGUGAUCUCUUUGCCGACAGCGACGAUGAGGACGAUGCGCAGGAGAAGCUGUCGACGCACGAGAAGCGCGUGGCUGCAUUGCAGGAGGAGAUCGCGCGGCUCGAGGACGAGAAUGUCGCCAAGAAGGAGUGGACGCUCAUGGGCGAGGCUGGUUCACGCGCGCGUCCGCAGGACAGCCUUCUCGAGCAGGACCUCGAGUUCGAGCGGGCCGCCAAGGUGGUUCCGCAGGUGACAGAGGAGAUGACCGAGUCGCUCGAACAGCUCAUCAAGCGACGCAUCCUCGAGCGCAACUUUGACGACGUCAUCCGCAGGCGCGAACUCGAAGCUCUGCCGUUCCUCCCCUCGCGCCUGCUCGAGCUUUCCGACAGCAAGAGUGCCAAGAGUCUCGCCGAGCUGUACGAGGAAGAGUAUCAAGCCGCUCGCGGUGGGGCUGAUGGCGAUGAGGGGGCACCCAUGGCUGAAGCCGAUGCAAAAUUGGCCAAGGAGCACGAAGACAUCACGCAGCUCUACGACGACAUUUUCAACAAGCUCGAUGCGCUUUCCAACGCGCACUUUACCCCGCGCGCUCCGAAGGCAACGAUCCAAACCAUCACCAAUGCUCCCUCGGUGGCGAUUGAAUCUGCCCUGCCGGCAACGGCGUCGAGUAGCACAAUGUUGGCACCAGAAGAGGUGUACGAGCGUGCCAAGCACUCGGCUGCCAUCGAAGGUGCCAAGUCCGAGAUGACUCCAGAGGAGAAGCAGAGACUGCACAACAAGCUUCGUGCCGAAAAGAGGCAGAGGAACGACAAGAUCCAGGAUACGCAGAAGGCGCUCGAGAUGUCUGGCUUGGUCAGGGCAAAGAAGGUCAACGACAAGGAGGAGAAGCAGCAGGCUCUCAAGAAGCUCGUUGGCAACCGUGGCGUCUCGGUGAUCGGCAAGGAGCCCAAUGCUGCCGGUGCGGGAUCGGGCAAGAAGAACAAGAAGAACGCGAAUGGUGCGGCGGCAAAACCGAACACCGCGAAUCAGUUCAAGCUCUGA